AAUCUUUAAAACUUAAUCUCUAAUACAAAGAAAACAUUAGAAUUACGUCGUUUCGUUUUUACCGUGAAAUUCUUAAUAAAAGAUGUAUAUGUGAUUCGGAAUGUCUUUAAUAGAUUCGGAUUGGCUACACGCAUAUACUUAAAAAUUUACAAUAUACUGGUAAUACACUAUAAACAAAAUUUUGCGCUUUGACAAUUUUAGAGCUUACGAAAAUAAAUUGUGCUGGUAUAAUAAAUUGUAUAUAAAUACAACGUACAAUAAACCGACAGUUGCCAGACUCGCUAUAAAAAUAUACAUAAACUAAACAAAGUUGAACUUUUCACUUUCAGUCAUAGCUGGAAACCGAUGUAGGAUAACGAUAUAUGCAAAUACAACUUUCCAAACUGAGCGUUGAAGCGGCUGAAAUAAUGCAAUUCUAUUUUAUAUUUGCUGGAUUUAUCUUGUCUUUUACUGGGUCAAGUUCAGGCCUUGUGGACAUAGACCCGGACGUGUUUGAAGAUAAGGUCACCAAAUAUGUGAACGCUGGCCUAGGAUGCCACAACAACCCAGGAUUAAGUUUAUCUGUUGUGAAGGAUAGGAAAAUUCUUUUGGCGAAAGGGUUCGGACACAGAGCGUUGGAUAAACUCGAACCUGUGACCAACGAAACUUUGUUCGGGAUAGCUUCACUUUCGAAAGCAUUUGCGGCGACUCUACUGUUGAAGCAAAUCGAGGAAAAUGAUUCGUUAUCCUUGUCAACAAAAGUAAAAGACAUACUUAAUCGAGAUGACAUAUUCGAGGACUAUCUCAGGUCGAGGUAUACUACAUUAGAAGAUCUACUGUCACACCGGUUGGGUAUCCCUAGCAACAAUAACAUUCGUCUAGACGACACUCUUACACGAGCAAAUUUAGUCGACCGUUUGAAAUUCCUAUCACCGAAAGGAGGGUUUCGAACGUCAUUUACCUACAGUAACCUGAUGUAUGGCUUGAUCACUUACAUCUCUGAAGUUCUUGGUAAAAAUUCUUGGGAGGCGCUCGUAAAAGAGAAACUAUUCGAUCCACUAGAAAUGACGUCAUCAACCUUCGUUACAACGGCAGAGUCAAAGGAUCUCCAAAAUUUCGCAGUCGGGUACCAAGACCGAUAUGGAACGCUGGUUCCAGUACCAUUAGAAUUUAGCAGACGUUGGGGAUUGUUGUGUGGCUCUGGUUGCGUGAUCAGUAACGCCGUGGACAUGGCUAACUGGAUGAUAUUCCAUUUAAACGAUGGCAGAAACAAAGACAACAGACGUGUUCUAGAUUCAAGUAUAUUAGACGAUGCUCACACACCACAGAACAGUCUCUCGUACUCGAGUAUAGCGAAAUACUAUACCCGACCUACCACCCCAGUCACUCUUAGUCAUACUAAUUAUGGACUUGGCUGGAGACUAGGUCAUUACAGAGGGUAUCCUAUUAUAACGCAUACCGGGUCAACCUACGGAUAUCGGACCAUGGUUACUUUGAUCCCAGCAAUAAACGCAGGGCUAUUCACAUCUUUAACAGGAGAUGAUCCGAGCUUUAUCUUCCGUACAAACAUUCAUCUUUACAUGGCUGACCUUUUACUGGGGCAUGAACCAUGGCUUGAUAACGCCACCGUCUGCUCCUUUCCCGAGCCAUGGAAGACCAAGCCUGACGAUUCGCCUAACAAAAGACCAGUAACCGAUAUCGCUGCAGAGAAAGAACUUUCUGAAUACGAGGGACAAUUUUCUAAUACAGCUUACGGUAAAAUCGAAAUUUAUUUGAAUGACAGCGCCGGAUAUUUGAUGGCGAAAGUUGGAUAUGGCCGAUUCAUACUAUAUCCUAAAUCGAAAGCAGACGAAUUUUACGCACAAGGAUACGAGUUGAUGGAAAAUAUACGUGACUUUUUCACUCUGCAGUUCUCCUUUGAAAAUGGCGCUGUUACAAGUUUAAGAAUUCCAAGUUUCGAGUCCAAAGAUCCUCCAGUAUUUAACCGAAUGGAAAGCAAUGCAUCUAACGGUACAGAACGGCCAAAAAGAAGUUACAAUGCCAGCGACAAAACCAGUCUAAACAUAUUGUGUUGUCUAAUUAUACUGAUAGCAAAAUUGUUUUAACUUAGGAUAAAACCUUAUAAAAUGAGAAAGGAAAAGGUUGUUGAUCCAUCAGUCCAUUUCCAAAGCCAAUCCGCAUAAUAUGCAUCUCUACCUCUAUAUACA